GCUCUCCCCUUUCCUUUAAAGAGAUCGUAUAUAUCUAUUUCCCCCCCUCUUCCUGCUGUGUGCUCAAUGGGGGGAGACAACCCCCCAGACAGCCUGGGAAGGAUUUGUCCCCCGCCACCUUUUUGCCUGUUAGUGAAUAUUUUGUAAUCUCCCCCCACCAAAAAAACCCCAGAAUUUUUCUUUCUGUUAAAAAAAAUAUCCUACUUUAUUCGAGACCCUUGAGUUUCCCAUUUUAAAAUAAUUUUUGACGGAUUAGCUGACAAAAGGAAAGUGGGGGGGUAGAUCCCCCAGGAUGUAUUCGCAAGGACGGCAUGCUACUUCGCUUCCAUCUGGGCAGCCCUUCAAAUUCUCAGUUUUAGAAAUCUGUGACCGCAUUAAAGAAGAAUUCCAUUUCCUGCAGGCUCAAUAUCACAGCCUGAAGUUGGAAUGUGAAAAGCUGGCCAGUGAGAAGACAGAGAUGCAGCGGCAUUAUGUGAUGUAUUAUGAAAUGUCGUAUGGCUUGAAUAUUGAAAUGCAUAAGCAGGCUGAGAUUGUAAAGAGGCUAAGUGCCAUCUGUGCCCAAAUCAUCCCUUUCCUGGCACAAGAGCAUCAACAGCAGGUGUUGCAGGCCAUGGAUCGGGCCAAGCAGGUGACAGUGGGUGAGCUAAACAGCAUUAUUGGGCAGCAGCAGCUCCAGCACCUCUCCCAUCAUGCCCCUCCUAUCCCUCUGACCCCUCACCCUCCGGGCACCCAGGUCUCCGGCUUGGCUAGUGUGAGCACCUCCUCUGGCCUACUGGCACUUUCGAGCGUGCUGGCGGCUCAGACUCAGCUGGCUUUGAGGGAUGAUGGAGGAGCUCUGGACCCCGAGAACAACCGAGAACCCCCCUCAAGCCGGAGCAAUUCUGUGUCUCCUCCUGAGAGCCCACAAGAGGAAGAACAGCUGGACAGCACAGGGGUGAAGCAUAAGCCAGAGGCCAAAGAGGAGGCAGGACAUUACGAGAGCGAUGGGGAGAGAAGUGAUUACAACCUGGUUGUUGAUGAGGACCCUCCUUCAGAGCACGACAUCCCUGCCUGUGUGUCUGCUGCCAAGCUCUUGCCCAGCCGGAGGGACAUCCCCGACAGCCCAGCCUCACUGGCUUCCAGUCGGAGUGCCACCCCUCUCAAAGCCAAGGAUCCCAAUUUAAGUGAUGAUCCCACCAACCUUCCUACCUGCAAGUCAGCCGGGCUGUCGACAUCCCAAGAGUCCUUGAUCCUGGGGCCUGGUCCCAGCUGCCCUACCCAGGUCAGACAGAUCACCUCCAAGUCCUCCGCAACAGAGGCCAGCACUCUUCGCAGUCCUCUGAGCAUGGCAGGUUCCUACACUUCCUCAUUUGGGAUUGUGCCCCACACUGCCCUCAACAGUGAACUGGCUGUCUCCAGCUCCUACGUCAGCAUCCAUCUCUCCCCCCAGAUCAGCGGGACAGUGUUGUAUGGACGCUCCCCCAUGGUAGCCUUUGAAUCCCACCCGCACUUGCGUGGAUCAGCAAUCUCCUCUUCCCUGCCAGCCAUUCCUGGUGGCAAGCCGGCCUACUCUUUCCACGUGAGUGCCGACGGUCAAAUGCAGCCAGUCCCCUUCCCACCUGAUGCCCUCAUCGGCUCCGGCAUCCCACGACACACCCGCCAGCUCCACACGCUGACCCACGGUGAGGUGGUCUGUGCCGUGACCAUCAGCAACUCCACCCAGCAUGUCUACACGGGAGGGAAGGGCUGUGUCAAGGUGUGGGACGUGGGACAGCCUGGAGCCAAGACACCUGUUGCGCAGCUGGACUGCCUGAACAGAGACAAUUACAUCCGGUCCUGCAAGCUUCUCCCCGACAGCCGGAGCCUCAUUGUUGGUGGGGAGGCCAGCACCCUCUCCAUCUGGGACCUGGCAUCUCCCACCCCCCGGAUCAAGGCCGAGCUGACCUCCUCCGCCCCGGCCUGCUACGCCCUGGCCAUCAGCCCCGACGCCAAGGUCUGCUUCUCGUGCUGCAGUGAUGGGAACAUUGUGGUGUGGGACCUGCAGAACCAAACCAUGGUCAGGCAAUUCCAAGGUCACACAGAUGGUGCCAGCUGCAUCGACAUCUCCAAUUAUGGCACCAAGCUCUGGACAGGGGGGCUGGACAACACUGUGCGGUGUUGGGACCUCCGUGAAGGCCGGCAGCUUCAGCAGCAUGACUUCAGCUCCCAGAUCUUCUCCCUGGGCUACUGCCCCACAGGUGAAUGGCUGGCAGUUGGGAUGGAGAGCAGCAAUGUGGAAAUCUUGCACGUGACAAAAUCAGAGAAGUACCAGCUGCACCUUCACGAGAGCUGCGUCCUGUCCCUCAAGUUUGCCUCCUGUGGAAAAUGGUUUGUCAGCACGGGUAAAGACAACCUCCUGAAUGCUUGGCGGACCCCCUAUGGUGCAAACAUAUUCCAGUCCAAAGAAUCCUCGUCAGUUCUGAGCUGCGACAUCUCUGCCAACAACAAGUUCAUUGUGACGGGUUCCGGUGACAAGAAGGCAACAGUUUAUGAACUGGUGUACUGAGGUGGAGAAGGCCUCACCCCUCAAUGUCUCCUUCCUUAUUGGCCACACUUUGUUUGGGAUGACCACGAAGCAACUAUGCUCACUCGAACAGCAGGUGACUCCCACCGUUCUCCCCAAAAUUUGAUCCAGCAGUUCUGGCAGCCAUCUCCCCAUUCCCCACAUCUCCUCACAGCCAUGUGGACUGGAAUCUUGCCUGCCCCCCUCCCUUUUAAACAUCAAAUUCUCAGGAAACUGGAUUCCACAUCCAGAAGUUGUUCUCUGUUCACACACAAGGCCCCAGAUUCUAACUAAGAGGGGAGCAUCUCUGUGACUUAAUUUGCAUCACUGGUCUGUUGGAGAAAAAGGUUUCUCACCUCCUUAGGAGGAGCAAAGAAGGAAGCACCCUGUGGCUAGGAAUUGGCAUUCCUUUGAGUGAUAUCAGGGUUUUCCUUUCUUGGGGAGGGAAUGGGGAGAACCAGUUGCUAAUUCCUCUUGUAUAAUUAAAUUCAUUUAAACAUUC